GUCGCAGCCCCAGCCCAGCCGGCGGCACACUGCACCAAGCGCUGUUUUUGGCUUGCCGGUUCACUGCUGGCUUGGUACUGCUGUUAACUGUGCUGUUUUGCGCCGCGCCUCCCCUGUGGCCAGCCUCUUCUUCACCGUCACUUGGCUGUUUCUAUAGAAUAAACAAGCACAAAUUCUUUCCCGUACAUGUAAUUUGCGAUUCACCAAUCUACUUCCAUUGUGCAUCGGCCAGCUUUUUUGUGUGCCUGAAUCUUUUCCCCCUUCGAUUUUUAUUGGGGGCGCAUUUUCCCUCUGCUUCGCUGCCCCUCCACCGUCAUCACCAUACACCACCCACUCACGCCCUCUGCCAGCCAGCCCGCCAGCCCCUCUUCCUUCCCCAUCAGCUCCUCCUCAGUUUUCUCCUCGCUUCCCCGCGACCUGUCCCUUCUUGCUGCUACAGCAUCUGAUUUGAAGCUUAUCCUGUGCAUCCUCUUGUAUGAUUACCGUUCCUUGAAGCCGCAAAAAGCACCCUCAUCCUCUUUUUCUCCUUUACCUCUGGUUCGUUUUGACUUGUCAACUUCCCAGCGCUCUCGUGACGGCGGCAAGCUUCAGCACACGAUUCAUGACCACCACCAAAGAUCCUGUCCGCUUUGCCACUGCCUCCCCAUCACCAAGCAGCAAGCAGCUCGCUCUUUUCCUCAACAUACUAACAUCUUCAUCGAAAUCUAGAUCACAACACAUACCGAAACCAUGGACGUAAAUCUCGGUGACGCGGUCGAUAUGCCCACCUUUAACCAGAUCCUGGAAAUGGACGACACCGACGAACGCGAAUUCUCCUCCUCCAUCGUCUUUGGUUUCUUCGAGCAAGCAGAAGAGACCUUUAACUCAAUGGAUAAAGCACUGCAAGAACGAAACCUCGAAGAGCUCUCAUCGCUCGGCCACUUUCUCAAAGGCUCAUCCGCCACCCUCGGCCUGGUCCGCGUUCGCGACGGCUGCGAAAAGAUCCAGCGCUUUGGCAAGCUCGAAAACGAAGAUGGCUCCUCAGAACCUGACGAGGAGCUCCAGCUUAAGCGCAUCACACAAGCUCUGACCACGGUCAAGUCGGACUACCAAGAAGUCGAAGCCACGCUCCGCCAGUUCUACGAAAACAACGAAGCUGCCUAAUAGACCAACCACCCUGUCUUGUUUUUGUUUUUAUCUUUCGCCAAGACGUAUAAUGUCUACAUAGCCUACUGGAGAAAAGCUGUACAUAUGCCGGAGAAUCAUCAGCAUCUUGGAGUGGCCAUCCUUAAACGCAAACAACCCCGCCACGCGCACAACGCCCUGAUGUCGACCAGACAGCAGAGGACGACAUGAUUUGUUUUUUAGAGGCAGGAUAUGGAAGGGGCUCAUGAGGACGAUUAGGAGGAGGAUAUGGUGCAUUUGUUUUAUUUUACCAGGGGUUUUGGUACUUUUUUUUUCUUUUCUUUUUUUUUGGCUUUCGUUCUCUAUUCUUUCUUUUGUUGCUGCUACUUGUCUUGUAUUCCCACACAAGCAAGAGCGCUAUGCAUGGGCAGAGGCGGCGGGCAGCACACAGUUGGUUGGCUGGCCCUGUGGACACACGCGCGCACACUCCGAUUUUCGAUACCUUUGAAAUUCUGCAGACACAGUUCUGCUUGCAUACAUUUUUUGCUGCUGC